AUGAAUUCUUCCCUUGAUAUUCCUCAAUUUGUCAUAAUUCAUGACCAAACACUGAAUGCAUACAAACAUCCUGUAAUUCAUUAUGUAUUUGAACAAGAAGAGUUCCCAGAAGUUCCGAAGGAUAAACUGAUUGUUGUUGAACUUGAUUCAACAGCGACUCAAUUAACAAGCGUCGAUAGUUACAGUCCUGACUUUCAAGUGACUGACUGUAUACUCGAACAGAGCAGACUCAGCAGUCAGUUUGAAAAAGAAGAAUCAAACCUAUUCAACUUGACGAUCGAAGGAGUAUCUGUUCCAGUAGUUCACCAGACACCUUCCUCACAACCGAUUCAUAGCAUAGACAGUCUAAAAGAGACCAUAUUUCAAUUUAAGGAUAGAAAUGAAAUGGUUAAAAAAGUCUUUAAACAACCAGUCUCUGAACAGCAACAAGAUAAUUCUAUGAAUAUCUCUUUACAUUAG